CUGAUAAUUGUUUGGGGCUUAAUUUUAUGUGGACAACGUAGUCAUCAAAUACGUCCGAGAGAAGAAGAAGAAGAAAAAAUGUCGUUCUGCAGAUUAGUGUUUGGGCAGUGUUCUCAGACAGACGGAGAGAAAUUAUACAGUCAAUUAAGUAUCGACAAGCGAAACCGCAAAUGUGAGUUUUAGCCAUUGGAAAGUGAAGCGAUAACGUUACACAUCGUGUCAAGAUACGACACCCGAACAAGAGAUAGACACUCGAACACAAAAAAAACGUAUGAAAGAAUUAAAUGAGGAAGUCGAUUGAUAUUUGUGGAGCUGGUUUGAAACGAAAAGAACAUUUGGAGCGUCAUAAAUUGGGGCACAGUCCGGAACGUCCGCACAUUUGUAGCGUGUGUAAAAAGGGUUUCAAGCGGAAAGAGCACCUGAAUCUGCAUUUUGUCAUUCAUAGUGGCGAUAAAACGGAGAUCUGCGGUGAAUGUGGAAAGGGUUUGUUUAGAAAAGAUCACCUUCGUAAGCAUACAAAAUCACAUAUAACGAAGCGACUGAAAGAGGAGAUGAAUGCACAGGCUCAGGCACAAAAAGCAGCUACAGGUCAUGCAAAUGGAACCGCCAACGCAAAUAAACUAACGAAUGUUACAACUGCCAAUAUGAUGCCAGUGAACAUAACAUCGAUUUCAAUGGCAACAAUGGCAACAAUAGCAUCAAAUUCAAUCGACACAAACGCAAUAAAGACCGAACUAACAACUACAAAUUGUUCGACCGAUGACAUACUGCAACAGAUUCAACAGCAGCAGCAACAGGUGCUUCAAUUGCAAGGCGACUGUCAAACAAUUUUUUUGUUUUAAAUUAGGUUCCAACGAGCGAUAAUACAACAGUGCCUGUCCAAAUCAAACUACCGCCAAUGAUGACAACAAGUGCUGGAGAUGGGACUACAAAUACGGUUGUUUUGCAACCGACCACAAAUACAAUUUCUACCGCUACUCUAAGCAAUAACAGUUUUAAUAGUCAAUCAACGCUAUCAACCACCUCAUUGCUACCAUGACAACAAAAGUCACCGCAGACCAUUCUUCUAGCUAAAUCACAAAUAGCACACGAACUCAGUCGAAAACAAUAGAUCAUCAUUUAAACAAAACAGAGAGAAUUAAGUAGUAAUUAAUACUUUCUUUGUAAUUUUGUUUUAUACUUUUUCCAUGCAAAAUGUAGAAAAAUGUAAUACUCAGUUUAACGAAAAAGAACCCGAAUUAUCUUGCAGCGACCUGAAUGAGCAGAACAAGUACAGAUCAUCAUUAACAUAUAGAGUCUCGAUGAAUAUUCCAUCAAAAUUGCACAAUUUUAAGAGUAAACUACAAUUCGAGAGUUUAAUUUGUACCUUCAAAAUUCUUUGGUUUUUUAAUUUUAGACAUUAUUUUAUUUAUUAUUAUGUUUAUUACAAUUUGCUAUACGAAACGAACACAUUCUGCCCGAGUAACUCCUAAAAGACAUAUUUUUUUUACCUUUUGUAUAUAUACACGACACUACUUCUAUGGGAUGUUUUAAUUACAUUUAUUGUAAAUUAGGUGUAAGGGAAAAUUGUUAGUGAGAUAUGCUAGCACAAGCAUCAAUUGGCUCCGUAUCAACAUCAGAGCCAUUAUUUUUUUUCACGUUUUAAGCUUAUUGUCGUUUGGAUAAGCAUGAAUUCAAUUUAUCAAAGAAAACUGUUCCGUAAACCAAUGUGUAUGUCAAUAUUAAUUGGCCAAUUUGAGAGAAAUCAUGCAGCAGGUUGAACCAAUUAUAUAUGUAGAACUAUUACGCGGUUGUAUUUAAAUUUUCAAGUUGAAGUGA